AUGCUGUCUUCGGGCGAGGAGCGACAUAAGUAUGACCCGAAUGCGCUGCCGAGAACCCAUAAUGAAGAGGACGGAGCCCCCUCUUCCAAGAGAUUGAAGCUUGGCGAAGAUGAUCUUGCGCUAUUCCGCGCAGGUUCAAUCGUUACGCUACGCUUGGAGAACUUUGUCACUUACGCGCUCACAGAAUUCCAUAUGUCUCCAUCGCUGAACAUGAUAAUAGGGCCUAACGGAUCAGGGAAAUCGACAUUCGUUUGUGCAGUGUGUUUGGGAUUGGCGGGAAAGCCAGAAUACAUCGGGCGCAGUACGAAGAUUGAAGACUAUAUAAAAAAUGGUGAGGACCGCAGCGUGAUAGAGGUAACCCUAAAGCGUGACCCUGAGGCUGAAGACAGAUAUGUGGCAAGUGACGGUACAACAAAAGUAACCAGGGUGUUGCAUCGAAACAGAAAAGCUUCUGAGUACUUCUUGAAUGGACAGUCGGUGACUGAGUCAGCAGUCAAAAGGCUAGUGUCUGAACUCAAUAUUCAGCUUGAUAAUCUGUGUCAGUUUUUGUCGCAAGAACGAGUGGAGGAGUUUGCGCGUCUAAAGUCUGACAAACUUCUGGUUGAAACAGCGCGAUCAGUGGAUGUGAAUAUGGUCGCGGACCUUGAGGAUUUGAAAGCCCUGCAAGGAGAGGAGCUUGUUGAAGCGAAAGAACUUGAACUGAAGAGCUCUAGGGUUUUGGAGUUAAAAGCAACACGCGAUAAGCUGACGGCCUCUGUUCGUGCACUUGAGAACUUCAAGAAAAAGAAGGAAGAGCUAGGUAUGCACGAGAAGCUGCUUCCUUAUGUCCAAGUCAAAGAUCACAAGGUCAGAAUUAAGCAAUACAAACGUGAAUAUGAAAAAAUGCGAAAGCAAUUGAAAGAUCUCAUAUCCGACAAGAAACCUUUUAGACAUACUCAACAGCUGAUUGAGACAGAGACGGUUGAGCGGAACGAAAAUAAAAAAAAGCUUGAAGUUCAGCUCAAAGUUUCAAAACGCACCUUUCCGUCUUACUUGGAGAAGCUGGAACAUCUCAAAGAAAAAGUCCGUGGAAAGCAGGCUCAGUUAAAAUACUACGAAGAUCGUACUGGUAAAAUCAAAGAUGAGAUAGUGGUCGUGGAGCACAAUUUGAAGGAAGAACAAGCAAAACGAGAAGCGCUGCCUGUGCCUGAUCAAGGAGCGUUUGAAAGGAUCCAAGCUGAAAGGAAAGAAAUCACUGAUAAAGGUGUAGAACUCGAACAGCAGAGAACUGACUUAAAUGCGAACCUCGUGAAUGCAGACUAUCAUAUGGACAUUUUGAAACGGAAGUUGCAGCAAGAAAAUGAGAGUCUUGUAUCAACGGAUAGAAUAGGCAUCCUUGAUGGGAAACGGUUUGAGGAGCUGAGAAAUGCAGUUUUGUUUAUGAGGAGCAGGCCGGAAAUGCAAGGUAAAGUUCUGGAGCCGCCCAUUAUGUCGAUUUCCGUCAAAGAUCCUCAAUUUGCAUCUUAUUUGGGAACUUGCACCGACUUUGCCACAUCCCUGGCGUUAACGGUUGUUGAUUCUGACUCGUAUAGAACGUUCGGCGAUGAGCUUCUCAAUAAAUUCAGAGUCAAUAUCAGAGAACUAUCCGCAGCGCCCACGACAUCUCCUCUUCCUCUUUCAGAGCUCAGGAAGUUGGGUUUUCAAGGCUACCUCUCAGAUUUUCUUUCUGGUGACAAUGGCGUACUGAAGAUGCUCUGUCAGCAGCACAAGCUGCAUACAAUCCCAGUAUCGCGAACUGCGAUGAGCUCGAGACUGAUGGAUUAUUUGAUGAAGCCUGACGAGUCUAAUAACUUGAAAUUUCGUAGGGUGAUUGCGGGCAAUUACGUUUAUGACUUCAAGAGGUCGGCUUAUGGGAGGAGGCAAAUCUUUUCGUCGGAGUUCAAGGUUAGACCAUGUCAGUUCUUCAAAGGUUCCGUUCUCACCGAGGAGCGGAAAGGAGAGAUCAAAGAAAGUAUGGCCAGAAUAAAUGGGCAAAUUCAAGCAAAAAAAGAUGAAGUUCAGUUCAUCACACAAAAGAUCCAGGAAUUGAGGAGCGAGUUGCAGUCUAACAAACAAGAAGAUGCUGAGCUUCACAAAAUAACUUCAAAACUAAAUGAUCAAAAGAAGACGAUUGCACACUGUAGUCAUAGGAUAAAGGCGCUGGAAAAUAAGCUUUCUAUGCUGAAAACAGAUCUACAACAGGACGUUACCACAAAAAUUAAUGACUGUCGAGAGUCAAUAAAAAGUUCAUUACGGGAACAAGUGAAAGUUAUGUCAGGAAUCACGCAAUUUGUCGCGAAACUGCAGGGUCUUCAGAGAGAAAUAAGUUUAGCUACCAUCGAGCACUUGGAAGCAUUUAAUACAGAAAGGUCUAUGAAUGAGGUUAUAGGCUUCUUCAACGAAAAGGAAGAACAGUUGAGGGGUGCUUACGAAGAAGCAAAAAACAAAUACGCGUCGAUGAAAGAAACUGAUGAAUAUAGAGGCUGGAUGGACAAAAUUAGGCACUAUACCGACGCAGAAAAGACACAACUAGCAGAUCUUGCAGAGAAAUAUCAGCAAAGUAAUAAUUUUGAUCUCAGUUUUAUAUCCAACACCAUUGACAGGCUGAGGUCUGAGAUAGGAAUGCUGAAUCAAGACGAAUCAGUACUAGAAAUCAUGCGACAAACAGAAGCGGAACUCGGCGAACUUGAUUGCGUGGUUCCCCGCAAGGAGGCCGCACUUCUGGAAAUUAGGAGGACCAUACAAGAGAAGAGGAGCCAACUCGAACCUAAGUUGGACGCAAUUGUAGAGAAGAUUUCCCAAAAUUUUUGCGCUCUGUUCAAGAACGUGGGAAGUGCCGGUGCUGUUCGUCUGGAUAAGCCCGAGCAAUUUUCUGACUGGAAAAUCGAGAUCAUGGUCAAAUUCCGGGACAACGCGACUCUGAAGAGGUUGGACUCACACACCCAAUCCGGAGGCGAGCGCGCAGUAUCCACGGUACUUUAUAUGAUUGCACUACAAGAUGUUACCUCGGCCCCUUUUAGGGUCGUGGACGAGAUAAACCAAGGCAUGGAUUCAAGAAAUGAAAGAAUUGUGCACAAGUCGAUGGUCGAAAGCGCUUGCUCCCAAAACAAUUCACAAUAUAUACUUGUCACACCUAAACUGUUGACUCAGCUGCACUAUCAUGAGAAAGUCAGAAUACACUGUGUUAUGGCUGGUGCUUGGAUACCAGAUCCAAUAGUGGAUCACGAUAAAAUUCGCUUUGGGCAAACCUCCAAUUAUGUAUUCUAG